AUUGCUCUCGAAGUAUUCGGACGAACGUGACUGUGACUACUUUUCGCUUGUUUCUUUUCAUCGAUCGUGUUAGGACAUCAUUACUGCGCAGUGUAAGAUUGCAAUUAAGGAGGUGCAGGGUGGCUGAACCAGGUCAUAGAGUUCACUAAAAGAUGGGAACGAGGUACGGGGAGUUGAUACUGCUCCUAGCGGUAUGUACGCUGGUUCUCAGCGUGUCCGUCAACAAGACUACUAAGAAGAACAGUAAAGAGUCCGACAAUUAUCCGUAUGAGGACUACGACACCGCUGACGACCAGGAGGUCCUCUUUAGCGAAGAUAAGCCCUGCCCCAGAGACUGCAUAUGUACUGUAUCUCAAGGAUACAGAAUAGCCAAGUGCAACCGUCUCGAAGUCGGUACACAGAAGUUCGGCGACGAUAUUACUGAUCUCGUGAUUGAAAACGCCGACUCUCGUUUCCCCAUUGAACUACCCGACUUCAUUUUUAAGACACUCGGCCUUCACCGCGUUGCGACUAUUAAGAUCGUCAACAGUACGAUCGGCUCUGUCGGACCGAAGGCUUUCCACGACCUAAAUGAACUUUACGCAGUUAACCUGUCCAAUAAUAAACUUAAAUAUCUGCGCCCUGAAACUUUUACAAACAACAAAAAAUUGUUGCUGUUGACUCUGGCUAAUAAUCCGCUCAAAUUCCCUGCAGUUGGAUCUCAGGACUACUUCUUAAAUGCGUCGUCAGUGCAAGAACUUGAUGUUUCUUACUGUAACAUGCAAUAUGUCACUGCAAACACCUUCAAAUACAUGCCAGGUUUAAUGUAUCUAAAUAUGGCUGGCAACAAUUUGUCCGAUAUAGAUCCUGACACUUUCAAAAAGCUUCUCGACUUGGAAGAGCUAGACUUAAGCGAUAAUAACAUCAAAACUCUCGUUGAUGACAUCUUUUCAGAAAACGUUGAACUUGCCACACUUCACAUUCAAAGAAAUCCGAUUGACACGGUUUAUGGACUACAAAUUUCAGACUUGUUGACACUCAAUGCUGGACAGACGAACAUUAAAUUCAUCGGCCCUUCCAUGUUCAACGGGAUGACGUACAUAGCAAAUCUUAACCUCAGCGGAAACGGAAUUGAAAAAAUUCACAACCAAGCAUUCCGCAAGCUAGUUGAACUCAAUUAUCUUGAUCUUUCAUACAACGAUCUCGAUUUCAUGUCCAGUAUACUUAUUGAAGAAAACAUCGAACUAGACGUAUUCAAGAUUUCAAACAACCCAAGAUUAAAACACCUGCCCGCCGAAGGAUUCAAUUGCUCUGCUGGCAUAUUCAAUAUUUACCUAUUUGAAGCUGCCAACUGUGGGUUAGAAGAAAUUUAUGACGAUUCUCUUAAAACGUUUACGGCUCUGUCCCAGGUCAACCUAUCUGGAAACAAAAUAAAAUCUAUUAACUCUAGAGUUUUCUCAAGAUGCACCAAACUUGUAGACAUCAAUCUCUCGUAUAAUGAGUUGACGACACUGGAUGUCAAGAUAUUCGAGAAAAACUCAGAACUCACAAAACUAAAUCUACAAGGUAAUCCUCUCAAAGUUCUUUCUGCAGAAAUAUUUAUACACACUCCUCUGUUGAAUAAUCUAGAUAUGAGUCACGCAGAUUUAACCUCUCUUUGGAAAGCGGAUAAGAAUUUGCCUGCGAAAUUCCUAAGUAAUUUGAGUUUUUUGAACGUGUCUCACAAUCGCAUUUCGGAAAUUAAACAAUCGGAGCUGGAUAAACUAAAGAAACUGCAAACACUUAGUAUUGACUACAACCCACUGAUAUGCAACCGCGAAUUUGAGAACCUAAUGACAUGGCUAAGUAAACACAAAGUAUCACCGACCUACGAAGCGACUAUGGCAAAUCUUGGGAAAGACAGUAAAGACAACAAAGAGGACGGUUUCGGCGAAAGUUGGGAAACGCUUCAAUUUAAAACUUGCGGUAAUAUUAUACGGCACCCAGUCGAACCAUUGCCUUCGAUUUCUGAUGAGGAAAUAUGGGAAAGAAUAGACAAAGAUGAAGCAGGUAACUUCGAUCUGAAGGACACUCUUGAUGACGAUAAAGUAGUUGAGGGGCAAAAACCUCUACCAAAGACUAAUGCUACUAAGAGUCCAGUUGAAAACGAUGAAGACGAUGAUAACGACAUUGAAGACGAUACGCCCGAUGAUGAGGACGAUGGCGAAGAUGACGAUGACGAUGAUGAAGACGACUCUACUGAGAAUUACGACGAUGACAUUGAACUGAAGUACAAUGAACUGAAAGACAAAACGAAAUCAAACGUUAUCACAAUGUCAAAAGAAGAAGAUAAGGACGUAGAAGAAAAUGAUAAAGUGAAGAUUGACUUGCACGUACUUGAAAUAGAGAACAAUCGUAAUACAUUAGGACCAAAAGUGUAUGAGUCUUCGAUUCUAGACGAAGAGCAUGGUCGCUAUGAAUACUUGUGGCCGAUACUGAUUGUUCUCUUGGGCGCGGUACUACUGCUCAUCAUAGUCGCAAAAGUGGUCAUGGUAUUAUGCAGUAGGAAAAACAAGCAGAUAAGAUAUAAUAGUGCCAUAAUCGCUGCCAUGAGCCACCAAGGCCGCACUAAGAAGGAUUGCGGACUAGUCUACCAGCAAUUGUCCGAGGACCUGACUGGUCCCGCCACGCCCAAGCUUAACCGCUACGCGCCUCUCCACAGCAUCACCGUAAAAGCCUCCAAUUUAUCGUAUGAAAGCAGUCCCUUCCAUCACAACAACAUUGUCCCCGAAGCGGUGUAAGCCGUAUGGUACAACAGUAACUAUAAGAGUUAACGAAAUUAACAACUGCCUGUUAAGAGUAGAUAGAAUAGUGAUAGAUAGAAGCGCUAGUCAGAUAAAUGAAUGCAUAUCUAAUUUACUAGUACACAGUGCCUUUAUGACCCC